UAAACAGCUGGUGACUCACUGCAUAACUAUGGCACCAACUGCCUGCGCGGCUGCAGGGAGGGGGCUGCCGGCCGUUUCCUCUACGCACUGGCAGCGCCUCUGCUCUCCUGAACUCGCCGGGACCGUUGGGCUGAGACCAGGAGCUUUUUCCUUCCUCCUCCGUGCUAGCGCCUGCGUCCGCGCCUCCGGCCUGGAGUUGCAAUUUCUGAGCAGUUUUGUCCGGAAGACUGUGCUCAGGUUAUGACGACUAAUCCCAAACCGAACAAGGCGUUAAAGGUAAAGGAGGAGUCAGGAGAGAAUGCCCCAGUGCUGAGUGAUGAUGAACUCGUGUCAAUGUCCGUACGGGAGCUGAACCAGCACCUGAGGGGUCUCACCAAAGAGGAGGUCAUCCGUCUGAAGCAGCGGAGGCGCACGCUGAAGAACCGGGGCUACGCUGCCAGCUGCCGCAUCAAGCGCGUGACUCAGAAAGAGGAGCUGGAGAGGCAGCGGGUUGAGCUGCAGCAAGAGGUGGAGAAGCUGGCCAGAGAAAACAGCAGCAUGAAGCUCGAGCUGGAUGCCUUGCGCUCCAAGUACGAAGCACUCCAGACCUUUGCUCGUACUGUGGCGCGAGGGCCCAUCACCCCGACCAAAGUUGCCACCACCAGUGUCAUCACCAUCGUGAAAUCAGCCGAAAUCUCAUCCAGUUCUGUGCCGUUCUCAGCAGCGUCCUAGUGCCCUCGGUGGGGGGGAACUAGCAGCCUUUCAGAAGGGAGGGGAUAAGGCUCUUAUGCAUUGUUCCGGAGUACUUGGUCACGUCAAGAAUUGGCAUUUUAACAGUUCUCUUCCAAAAGUGCAAAAAAUAGGAGAAGAAAACAAAACCAAGAAAACGAAAACCCCACCCCAAACCUGCAAAGGGAACUUAACUGGCUGCUUCUGUCUGGACUCGGUGGCUCCAUCAACCUCCUGUGUCCAGGAUUUGAGCUCUGUACGCAGAACAAAUAACAAGAUCUGCUUCCUCCUUACCCCUGCCUCCCCCAAGCCCCUCUCAGCUGUGGGCAGCCUUCCAGCUGCAAGAAGAUACCUGAGGAGCCUCCGGAGUCUUUGUGAAUGAUGCUCAAGAGCCAGGAAACAGAUGGACUGUAGAAAUAAUCAUGUGAGAUGAAUGUAUGGAAAAAAAAAAAAGAGUUUCCUAUUGUGGCAUCCUACUCCCUGUACGAAGGGUUUCCCCCUAUCUUCCCCGCUUCCACCUGAUACUAUGAGGGCAGGGAUAUAGGCUUUUUGGAUUAGAUUUCAUCCUGCUAUGAGUGGAUGGGAGCAGGAGGACGAUGGAGACUAAUGCUUGGGUCUGACCACACCCAUUAGGAAUAACCUUUCGUUUUUCAAUCCAUGCUGUUAAAAUAUGGGAAUAUACAUAUAUUUUACAUAUUUUAAUAUGCCCCAUUACCUGUGUGGCCUGUAAAAAAAAAAACAAAACACAACUACAUUGCAGCCUCCUUUCUUCCAAGCCCAGGUUUCCCUAUAGCUCCUUCCCUAAGGUGUGCCUGUGAAUUGGGUAUAUUUAUGCAGUUUAUUUCUUCCAAAUGAUCCGCAGUCUUGAAGUAGCAGCUGCUUUAUUAUUUUUUUCUGGAUUCCCUGAAGCUGACAAGGGAAGGAGGCACAGUAAAUGCUGUGAAGAGCAGUGUGAAGGGGAGGAGAAGGGGAGAUGAGGAGGAAGGAUGCUGCAAGUAUUACCAGGUGGAGGCAGAACUGGCUGCGAGAAGGUGGGACAGUUCUGCUGGGAUCAGCACUAUGAGAAGGGGUUUGUGCAGAGGUAUUUCAGAGGGAUGUUUUUAAAGCACUGAAGUGUAACUAAAGGGCAAUAGCAUUCAGACAGGAGGAGAGAGAGCUUCCAGAGCCUCCUCUUUGACAAAAGCAUUGGCAGGUUAGCAAUGAGCAUCCUAGCUGGAGAGCUGGGCUCGCCAGUCUUUGACCAGAGAAGGGCUGUGGGGAGGUUGGAUGGGAGCUGGAAGAGUCUUUUCCUCUCCAGAGCACGUCAGGCGCUGAAGUUGGGAUCCAAAGAGUACAGUGAACAACCUUCAGCGUUCAGACAACCUGUGUGAACGUGACCCUGAAACUUGACGCUUUCUCUUGCCAAUGGGUGGAUUAUCCCGAGAGGACAGGAUGGAAAACCAGUGUGUAUGUAGGGGACAGAAGAAUUGGGAUCGAGAAGUUGGUUGGAUGGCUCUGAGCAGUGGUUUGGGAGAGGGAUUUCUGGCUCGGCAAUGGGCAGGAGGUGGGAAGCUGAAAGGAGCUGAAAACAUGAAUGUUUCCAGGUCACUGUAAAAAACAAAAUAGCUAUGUUGGUGUUCAUGUGUUCUGUUGUUGUUCGUUUGUUUUCCUUUUUGAAGUAGGAAAGAAAAGGGACUGUGAGUUUUUGCAGGGCAGGUCAGAGACUUGUGCAACGGACGAUGCCUGUUGUCACGCAGGUGAGAAGAGAAUGAGAUGUUGAAGUUUAAAGAGGAGGAGAAGAGCUUAGAGGGUUUGGGCUCCAGAACAGAAAGCAAAGAUCACGGAGAAUCCAGGAGUGUUUUGGACUGAAAGAGAAUAAUCAAGUGCCGCCGUUGUUGCGAAGGGGACAGCGAACUGGCACCUGACACCCGGUAUAAUUUGUUGUUUGAGGCCUUGAAUAGCAGUAGGUUUGUAGACAUUUACUGAAGCCCUACUUGUCUUUGGAAGAAGUUGUUAGCUUGCUUUUCCUUUUUUUUAUGAUUUUAUUUCGUUUUUCACCUUGUCAUCGGAGGCUCUGGAUUUCCCAGGAGGGUCCUUUGUGAAAUAGGUUAAUGAAAAGAGAAACCUCAGUCUUGGUUCUCAUUCAGUCCUCAACAUCGACAGCCGUGACCUUACUGAGCCAGAAAGGGUGUAAGUGAAACGCUUCCCGAAGGCUCGUUACCCCUGCCAGAUCCGUGUGUUAUGGAGGGGAGCAGGGAGUUUCCUUCAAAGUGAUUUUCCAACACGUAGAGUUUGGAUGAUACUUAGCGUUACCUCAUUUCUCCUCCACUCCCUCCCUAUCUCCGAACAGGCAGAUCGAUGCCCUGUGUAUCAGUACCAGUUAUUGACUCCCACAGCAGAAGCUGAGGAAGAGAAAGAUGUUACUGUCAUUUCCUGGUCCUCUCAUGUUCUCCAGCUCACAGACAUUGGAAUCUUUCCCAGACCUUACAGGUGCCUCCGAAAACAGGCAAAAUGGAGACUCCUGGCACUGUUGGGGCUUUAAAUGAAAACUCUAAUGUAAAAGGCCAGUUGACUUGAAAACGCCCAAAUGCUUCCAGUCUUUCAAACAGCUCCAGAGCUCCAUGACAUUCCUGGCUAGAUAGGAACACCCUCUGGCUGCUCUCGAGCCCUGCGCCGGGGCAACUUGGAGGUCGACCUUGGUUCUGUGGGGUCUUCUUGCUGUUGGAAUGGGUUGAGAAACAUAUCUUUACGUGGCACAUCCCUUGUGGCCAAGUGUUUCUUUUAUUUCCAGUUCUUGGAAGGAAGGGUGCCAAAGGCUUGUCCAAGUGAUUGCUAGUUUAGUGCUGGUAGGCACUUCAAUCUCUGGUCACUCGCUAAAGAACAAGAGGCCUGGGUGUUGUUAAAGCUGUUGAUACCAUAGCCAUGGUAGGUAAUCCAUAUUGGAUAUCCAUAAGGACCACGUGGAAAUAUUUAAAAGAGAGAGAAAUAUAUAUAUAAAUAUAUAAUUAUAUACAUUUUAUCGUACAGAUUUUUUCGUAAAAAAAAAAGAAAAAAAAUUAAUUUUUUUUCCAAGUUUGAUACUGUAAAUCUUUAUUAAAAAGAAAUUGCCAGUCCAGGGCUCCCUGGGUGGUGACCUGGAGGGGAAUGAAAUGUCCUGGCUAAAACUUCCACAGAGGGAUCAGAAUUGCAAGGUAACGUGGAGGGAGGAAUGACCCGAAAGCUGUUGUGACCGCGUUGGAGACCCAGCUCCUCCACCCUGGAGGGUCCCUCCAGCUUGGGGUUGUCGCGUUGCAUUCCUCUGGGGGUCGGUUUGUUUCUGUUGUGGUUUUCUUCUUUUUGCUUUAUUUUUUGGGGGUUGUUUUCUUUGAUUUUCUUGGGGUUCUUUUUUUUUUCCUCUCCGUCCUGCACUUGCAAGCCUGACACCCAGGGCCAGCACGGCGUGGGGAGCUGCCUGCAGCCUGUGGCAUCCCCCCGGGCCGUGCCUCUCGCUUGUCUCUUUUGCUGCAGUAGUUUGGAUGCUGGGGGCUCCCUUCUCUGCCCCUCUUUCAUUUGUGUCACCCCCUCCCUGCCACGCUGCUGAGGAGCAGGGGUUGGAUUUGAAUGCUGGGAUCCUCUCCCCAUGGGCAUGGCCUUGCUUGGGAUGCUCCCCAUCCGCAGCAUGGGUACCAAGGGCUGGGCGGGAGGCAGGGGAAAACGGAAGCAUCGGGGAGGGACAUCUUUGUUCUUGUGGAUGUUUGCUGUGCUCUCUAUUGGGAAUGGGGAACCUUUUCCCUCCAGGACAGCUCCAGAUCCCUUUGAAGCAAGUCAGCGUCUCUGCUCUUGCCCAACUCCACUGUCUGCCCAUGGAGACCGGGGUGACACCGGAGAAGGGAUGAGGCGCUGAUGGGUGAGCUGUGGCAGGGCCAAAGCCAGGCUACUGGAUGGCUCAGUCCCGGGGAGGAGGAGAAGGUGGCAUUUUGUUUUUUCUCUCUCAAAUCAUUUAAACUUCAUUGUCAUGAUUGUUUUUAUUUAAGAAAAAAAAAACACAAAAAAAAGGAAAAAAAAGAGGAAAAAAAAAAAGGAAAAAAGAUACAAAACCUAAAACCUUUUGUAACGUGGAUUUGUUUUCCUUCGUCUGUAUUUCAGUCUGCUGGGGUGUUUCUGUAGAUGGUGGAUACUUGCUUUCAUUUUUUUAAUGAUAGACGUCUUCUGUUUUCAGUUGGUUUUGUUCUGUUUUUUAUCACCAGCUCAUUCUAUCCUCUGUGGUUACUCAGUAAUUUCAUUUCAAUAUUUAUUUUUGUGCUGCUUUUUUAUUAUAAAAUAAAUUAUUGAUAUACCAAGCAAUGUGGAUUCCUGUUUGUAAGGCGGAUAGCCCUGUGUAUGUGUCCAUUACUUUCUCUUGACAGCCACAACGUAAUUUAUUGCUGUAAAUCUAGCUGCAGUGACUGGUUUUUUUGUACCUUUCCAAUAAAGCAUUUUCUGGUUUCA